AAAGUGCUUCCUCCCGGUCCCGGGAAGAACCGCGCGCCAUGGGGACCUGGCGGCGCUUAUUGCUUCUUGGCAGGGUGUCACUCCAGGGUGGUUGCGGGGCCGCUGUCCCGCACCUGGGGCGCCGAGCCUUGAGUUGUGGGCGCCAGUUAUUAGGUGCUGAGGGUGAGGCCUUGAAACAAAGAAGAACACAAAUCAUGUCCCGAGGACUUCCUAAGCAGAAGCCCAUAGAAGGUGUUAGAGAAGUUAUUGUUGUGGCCUCUGGAAAGGGUGGAGUUGGAAAGUCUACCACUGCAGUGAACCUUGCUCUGGCACUGGCCGCGAACGAUUCGUCCAAGACGGUUGGCUUGUUAGAUGUAGAUGUGUAUGGCCCUUCCAUUCCAAAGAUGAUGAACCUGAAGGGAAAUCCAGAAUUAUCACCGAACAACCUAAUGAGGCCUCUUUUGAAUUAUGGUAUUGCUUGUAUGUCUAUGGGAUUCUUGGUUGAAGAGACUGCGCCACUUGUUUGGAGAGGCCUUAUGGUGAUGUCAGCCAUUGAGAAACUAUUGAGACAGGUCGAUUGGGGUCAACUGGACUAUUUGGUUGUUGACAUGCCACCAGGAACAGGAGACGUGCAGUUAUCAGUUUCACAGAAUAUUCCUAUUUCAGGUGCUGUGAUCGUCUCCACACCUCAGGACAUUGCAUUGAUGGAUGCCCGCAAGGGUGCAGAGAUGUUUCGAAAGGUCCACGUGCCCGUCCUUGGCCUUGUCCAAAACAUGAGUGUCUUCCAGUGUCCAAAGUGCAGACACAAAACCCAUAUUUUUGGUGCUGAUGGUGCAAGAAAACUAGCACAGACCCUUGACCUUGAUGUCCUAGGAGACGUUCCCUUACACCUCAGUAUCAGGGAAGCUUCAGACACGGGUCAGCCAGUUGUGUUCGCACACCCCGAGAGUGAGGAGGCCAGAGCUUACCUGCACAUUGCUUCAGAAGUGGUGAGAAGAUUGCAGCCACCUCCAGAAUGAUUCCCAAGCGCCCUGGAAAUGUCCUGGUGUUUGAUAAUCACAGACUGUCAAAAAGGAGCCCUGUGGUAGUGUGGAACCCACAAAAAUAAUGACAAUCGUGAUGAUUUUCUUUCAUUUCUGAAGAAAUGAUGUCUCAUGUUCAGAUUCGAUUUGACAGGCCAUGACUCACAAAUAAAGCGUGUGUGUGUGUGUGUGUGUGUGUGUGUGUGUGUGUGUGUGUGUGUGUCUGUGUCUGUGUCUGUGUCUGUGUGUCUGUCUGCUGACAGCUGUGUUUGGGGUUAGACAGCUGCUGUGUCCACGUCACUGCAGUCCUUUGCAUCAGCCCCUCCUGAGGAACCGUGACCCGUGAGGCUGCAGUCCCAGGUCCGGAGAGGACUGCACUCCUGCUCAGUCACGGAGAGUCACUCCAAGUGUUUACUGAGUGCUGACAUGGAUGGAAAUGGAGCACCUUGCAACCAGGCAGUGUGGUUGUGAUUUUGGUUAUGAUAGUGUCUGAGUCACUGUUCUGUUGCUGUGAAGAGACCACCACCACCAAUGGCAGCUCUUCUAAAAGAAAGAAUUUCAGUGGGACUUGCUAACAUUUAGUCCAUUAUCAGCAUGGUGGCAAGCAGGGUGGUAAGCAGGUAAGGUAGAUACAGUGCUGGAGAGGCAGCUGAGAGUUCUACAUCCGGAUCAGCAGGCAGCAGGAAGAGAGAGACACUGGGCCUGGCUUGGGCAUUUAAAACCCCAAAGCCCACCCCCCAUGACACACUUCCUCCAACUAGGCCACACCUCCUGAGCCCUGUCAGGUAGAGCCACUCCCUGAUGACUAAGCAGUCAAAGAUAUGAACCUAUGGCGGCCAUUCAUAUUCAAAGAACCAGAGAUAAUAAUUAUGGUAAUAAAAAUAACAUUUGUCAAGUGAUUUCUAUAGCCUUAGACUCUUUCAUUCAUACUGGUGGGCACUGUUCAUUUUAUGAAUGAGGAGUGAAGGUAUGGGAAGGUAAAUGCCUUGUGGUUGGUCAGUUCCUAUUUCUAGCAGAUGACCACGCUGGCAUUCGGCCACGUUUGUAGUUUGCUGCUGAUGUCAUUCCUUGUACGACACUAAGGAUAUAAUGAUUGCAAAAGAAAGGCUUAGUAUUCCCUGUAGUCAUGGCAUCCCAAUCCCCUCCUUAGGAGUAUUCCGUGGUGUUCAUGUUUCCAAGGAUGCACUUUGAAAAACAUGUGUCUUGUCUAAUUGAAACACGGAUACAGAGCCAAAGACACCCCAAGGUCAGGAAGCUCUAAAGCUGCAAGUACUGAUAAGAAUGCUGGAGUGCAUCCCUGCUUUACGGCCAGCUAUACGGAAGUGGUCUCUGCCCUUUGGCAAAGCCUGUGAUGCCCUAUGAUGCUGCUCUUUAAUUGGCAGCUGGACAGUUACUCAAAGGGCAAAUAUACCUUCAGACAACUACAUGGACAUUUCUAGCACCUUAUACGGGAGAGCUGGAAAGUCAGGUUUUCUACAAUGAGUGAAUGGUUACAUAGGUAUAAAAUCUCUAUAGCAUGAUAGUACUCCACGGUUGAAAAUUAGAAAAGUGAGGAUUCUUGCAACAGUCUCAUAAGAUGGUGAACCUAUAAAAGAGCAACAUGAGGGAUCCUAGUAAGGAUGGCAAUAUUUCCCCAGUGCAGUAGUAGAGAGAGAAUUUAGGGCUUCACACAUGCCGCACAAGGGAUCUACCACUGAACUAUAUGUGUACUUUUUAUUUUUGAGACAAGAUCUCACUGAGUCUCCAGGCUGUUCUUGAACAUGCUUUGUAAGCCAGGCUGGCCUUGAACUUACGCUGUCCUACCUCAGCCUACUGUGUAGCUGGGAUUACAGCCUGCGCCACCAGGCCUAGCUGAUGGAAAAAGGCUUCUCUAGUUUGCUUUUUAUUGCUUCUUUGUGAUUUCGAGCUCCUACAGUUUUACAAGAUAAUACUCACUGAAGGAACUUGGUUACAGGCACAUGGGAUCUCUGUUUUGCUUCUUAAAAAUUGCAUGUAAAUCUGUAUUUAUCUCAAAAAAAAGUAAAAAUUGAAUUAAAAGAAAUCUGUAUAUAAGAUGAAAUGUUUGGACCAAGCAAGCUAUCCAUACAAACUCUUAAGAAAAAUCUUCAUGGACACACAGUAAUCAUUAUUCAUCACUAAAAAGACAGUAAAGUCUUAAAAUUGCA